AUGACCAACCCCACAGCCUCUGUUCCUAUCACCAUUCGUGGUCGCUACCUUUGGAGAGGAGACGAGCGGUUCUUUGUCCGAGGAGUUGCAUACCAAGUUCCAGAUAUGCAGGAUCCAAUCUCGGAUGCACGGCUGCCACAGCUGAAGCACGACAUCUCACUGUUCAAAGAGUUGGGACUGAACACACUAUUUGUUUACCAUGUCGACGAUAUCAAAAGUCACGAUCAAGCCAUGAAAAUGCUUGAGGAAGCUGGAAUCUACGUCUUGACGACAAUAACCACGCGGUUCAACGCCAUCAAUCGUCUCGAUCCGUACAAGUCCUACCACCGUCCGGCUAUGAACGAGUUCUUCCAGACUGGGAACUUCAUGGCGCAAUACCCAAACACACUGGGUCUUCUUGUGGGUUUGAGUCUGGUCAAUAGUAAAGAUACCGAGAAAGCCGCCCCAAGGUACAUGAAGCUGCAAAACGAAGCCUGCGGCCAAAGGAUACUCCCCAUCGGCUACAAUGCUACUACAGUCAACCAACGAGACAUGAUGAUACUCGACUACCUGUCUUUAGGCGACGCAGGCAGCUCGAUCGAUUUUUGGACGUGUAACUGCUACAUUUGGGCUGGGAAAUCGAACAUGCAGGUAUCUGGCUAUGAAGCGCUGCUUGCACGCCUCCAAACCGCCGCUAUACCGAUUGUUAUGUCCGAGUAUGGAACAAACAUACCGAAUCCACGACUGUUCCAGGAGACAGCAGCCCUGUACUCACCACGGAUGAGCCAAGUCUUCUCCGGAGGCUGCGCAUACGAGUUCUGGCACGGCUCAAAUAGCUACGGUCUUGUCGAACUCGUGCGUCAAGAGCAAGCCCGAUCCUCGCCUGCCUGGGCUGUUGAGCAACGUCGUGAAAGAGCCCUGGCUCGGUCCGAUGAUAUCACGAAGACGGCAGAGAAGCGGGAGACGGAGCGAGGGAUUUUGUCGGUCUUCCAUGACUUUGUGAACUACAAGAAGAAUCUGGAUGCGACGAGGGACAUCGAGAGCAAUUGGGAAGGGGAGGUUAUGGAACGUGAGGCGGCCGAACGAGGAAAUGUCGAUACCACACAGUUGAACUGGCCCUGGGAACCAGAGUUUCAGAUCCCUGAUACUGUUGUGGACUGGGCAGAGACUGAGGACUUGGUUAACGGCAAGGGACUUGUUUAUGCAAUGUAGCUUAUAUUUGAGGGUCGAACACAUAAUGGAUAUAUUGUG